AACUGCCCUGGAACACUUUCUGUCAUUCAUCUUUACCUGCUGCUUGCUGCUCCUGCUUUGCGCCACGCCCGGAAAUAUCUCCGGACGCCUCGCAACGCCAAUCUGUUGCUCAAGGAAGCCCGUGCAGCACACCGGCUGCCUUCAGCCACGCGGUCUCUCGUGCCGCCGAUCCCCCUUUCCCCGCCUUGGAGGUUCCUGGACGGCCAGCAUUGAAUCACAAAUCACCCCCACGGAGGCAAAGGACCUUUACAUAGGCUCAGGCGAACGUCCGACCCUGAGCCUCACCGACCACAGUCCAUCAUGGAGGACAGAAUCUCGCCUGAGACCGCUCCGCUCACCAAGGAAGAGUCACUACGGGAGGAUUACAGCACCUCAAUCACUUCAACCCCAGAGCCGGACCAGGAACUGUUUGCUCAAGACAAUGCUGCGCAGGUGCAGAAACGGAAAGGCGGCCGCAAGCCGAUUUAUGCCACCUCGGAAGAACGGAAGCAGCGAAAUCGACAGGCGCAAGCCGCCUUUCGUGAACGCCGUACUGAGUACAUUAAGCAGCUCGAGACAACCAUAAAGCGACAUGAAGAGGCGUUGCAGACGCUGCGACAGAGUCAUCGUAAUGCUGCCGAUGAAUGCCUGAUGCUGCGGUACAAGAACUCUCUUCUUGAAAGGAUUUUACUAGAAAAGGGAAUCGAUGUACAAGCUGAACUUCGCGCACAAACGGGCAGUCCGCACCUCGGUCAUCCACGACCACCAAGCGCGACACAGCCGCCUCCAAUACAGCGAGCCAUCAUGAACCGCCAUCACCAAGUACACCGUUCGAUGCCACGGAUGGACCCAGCUAAUCCAUAUCCGCCGCCGCAUGCCGACGGCCUCAUGCCGAGCCACUCUCCUCAAUUACAGCCUACCCCAUCGUCGCACAACUCCUCUCCUGUAACGAAUGCGUCUGUAGACACGACUCCUCGCGAAGGCGUUACACCACCUGGUUCCGAUCUCGCAACAUCUCAGCAGCAACAGCAGCAGCAGCAUCCCCAGCUGCCACCCCACAAGGGCGUGAAGCGAUCCUAUUCGGCGCUACAGGCAUAUCCGCCCUCGUCGGGCCCAUCUCAGAUGGGUCCCGCCACGGGCAGACCAGGAAGCGGGCUGCCCGGCGCUGUUGGAGGUCCUUCGUCCAAUUACUACCCGUCACCUUUCCAAAACCACAUUGAUCAACUUGAACAAGAAUACGACGCCCAAGCCGACAUGGUAGAUGAGCAAGACGAAGGCGAAUCCCGGAGCAGCCUUGGACCGGGUCCAGGACCCUUUCCUCAUCAUUAUGCACACGCGCCUCCACCGCAUCAGCAGCAAAUGCCUCCGGGAAUGCAUCCUCAGGCACGACCACAGUCGCACCCAUCUGCCCAACCGCAUCCGGUUUCACAGUCUGAAGCUGCAGGACCGGUCUUUGGCGCCGUCAACCAGCUCUUUGAUCCUUUUGAUCCAAGCCUCGAUGCCGAUCCCUUUGGUCUCUCAGCGAGCAUGCACUUUCCGUCACAGUUCUCCUUCGAGACGAGCUCAAUGAGGUAGCGUGAGAAAACAAACCCGCCUCGUGUCGCUCAGCAUCUCAACGCUUCAUUGUACAAAAAGGGAGACCUCCGCCUUGUUUUAAUUUUUCGCCGUUGGAAGACGCAUAAUUUUUGAAC